AUGAAUCUUCCAAGGGCUCGCUAUGCAUGGACUCACCUAAUGAUCCAGGAUUUCAAGUCAGCGGCUGAGUACAAUUCUCAGCAGUAUAGAACGCGAUGCUUCACUGAAUACAACCAGCUGAUAUUUGUGCUCUUGGUAGCUGAACAAAGCAAUGAGAUCCUGAUGAAAAAUCAUCAGUCCCGACCUACUGGAUCUGCACCAUUCUCAGAAGUGAAUGUUGCUUCCCUCGAAGUGAACACCACAUCCUCUGGUGGCGAUAAUCAUAAACGAGGACGUGGCCAUAAGCUAGGCUGGUGGAACAGGAAAGGCAAGAAUCAUGGUGGUCAGUUUCACAACCAGAUUCCAAGGUGUGGUGGCGAUGGGCACUGGACGCGUACCUAUCAUACCCCAAAACAUCUGAUGGAUCUAUAUCAAGCCUCACUCAAGGAGAAGAGUGUCAAGACUAAUUUCCUCGACCAGGCUAGACUAAUGGAUAUACCUGAUCCAAUGUUCGACUUAUCAGGACAGUUGAACACAACCCACCUAAAUGUCUCAGACUUCAUUGUGGAAAGGGGGAAUGAAGUGUAUCGGUCUGAUUGA